CCCGCCCUCCCGCGCGGGACGCGGCAGAGGACGCGGCGGCGGCAGCGUGGGAAGAUGGCGGCGGCCGCGGCGCGGAGCAGCUUGCUGUGCAGCUGUAACUUGCUGGUGCAUAGGAGCCUGUGUGUUAGAGCUGGAGUCCUGUGGAAGCAGCCUCCUUCAAGGACAUUUUUCAGUGACAGGAGGAAGCUGCACACUGCUCCAGUGGGCCAAGCCUUCCGCCUGCGGCCCUUCCAUGUUCUGGUAGCUACAGGAGGAGGAUAUGCAGGAUACAGAAAAUAUGAGGAUUACAAGUUGGAACAGCUGGAGAAGAGGGGCAUAGAGGUGCCUGUGAAGCUUGCAAGUGAAUGGGAGCUGCAACUCUCGUAGCAGAGAUUCAAGUGGGAAACAGAGAGGGAAUCCAGAGACAAACCAGCGGGGGAUUUAGGAACUGUGACGCCGUGUCCUCUCUCCUAUACCGGAGCAAGCAAAGGAAA